GCCAUGGCCAAUAUAUCAAGAUGGCUAUCCCACAGAUUUCCAGAACGCUACUUCUCUCAUUCAGCCAUUCUCCGAAAACACAUCCAAAAUGAUUGGAACAGCAGCCUUGAUCAUAUUUCUCUGUCACGCUGCGUGUGUUGCAUCUGCCGCCUGUAAACCACGACCACCCCCAGACAACAACAGCACACUCUCCUCCUGCAAGCUGCCGGCCCAGGACAACGUGCAUUUCAGCGUGGGAUUCAAUUAUGCCGGCGACUGCGUUCCGACCAGUGGAGAACUUCGGGCGUUUAUGAUCUUUGUGGACUUCUCGGAUGCAGAGGCACCCAGCAAUGACCCGCCAGAGAACCUUCGCGACUUCUUCUUGCCCAACGCAGUCGAAUGGUAUACAAAAGCCAGCAACGGUGCACUCUCACUCAACAUAACCGCCGAUGUCUCGCGUUACUAUCGCAUGCCUGCACCGGCGGCGUCGUAUCACUGGGAGACCGGACUUUCCUCCCAGGAGCACCAAGCAUACAUCCAGGACGCCCUUCAGGCAUACACAGAGAACGGCAGUCGGCCCCCGCCACCCGAGACUGAAGUUCUCUAUCUGGUGCCUACGCGCUCCGCAAGCUCGUACAUCACACGGUCAAUUACACUCGACGCACGUGUGAACACCCGAGAGGGAGUCUAUGUGGCCAGGAAGACCAUUACAUUUGGCACAGAUGCGUUCGACACCUGGGGCUUCAAGACGCUGAACCAUGAAACGGGGCAUGCCAUGUGCUUGCCUGACUACUACCCGUAUGCCGCCGGCUUGACGACUGAGCAUUAUGUCGGGGGCUGGAGUGCCAUGGGUUUAAUUGGUGGCCCUGCUCCAGAUUUCUUUGCCUGGGAUAAAUGGCGUCUGGGUUGGCUGUCUGAUGAGAACAUUGACUGCGUCCUGGAGCACGGAACCAGCGAACACAUUCUCACACCGCUCGAGGUCACGGGUGGUACUAAGGGCGUUGUCAUUGCAGUGAACGAGACUGCAGCCGUAGUAGCAGAAGUUCGUGUUGCUGAGGGCUUGGACAGUAACAUUUGCGCGCCCGGUGUUUUACUGUAUACAAUUGAUACAGCUAUAGCAUCAGGCAAUGGUCCCAUUCGCGUUCUGGAUGCGAAUCCUUCGUCGGGAGGAUGUGGAGGCGCAAAUGGCGAGCUGAAUGAUGCGACGCUGUCACUGGACGGGAGAGAGCGCCGGUAUGAUGUCCCGGGAUGGGGGAUCAGUGUGAAGCUGGUGUCGCAAGAUGGCGGAAAUUUCAAGAUUCAGGUAGAUUAUUUCUGAGGGUGGCGCUAUAGAUACAGGUGGAGAUUCUUAUAAGAAGACUAUUUUCUCAUAUUUUCUAUUGUGCCUAUUUUACCAGGAAUAAUGCGUGCUGAAUGUAUUGAGGUAGUACUGGGUAGUGAUGCACAGGGCCUCACGUCACGAUCCAGCACCCCGAAUAUCACCGCAUAUAAGUAACUCUACACACUCUAGAUUAUAGCCCCAAUGCAGUGAACUAUUAAUUGAGACAUCAGCAUGUCCAUAUCGAUUGAUGGGACAGG